AUGAGCACUUCAAAUAAUAAUAAAUUUUUAUGGAAAUUAAAUACACGAUUAAGAAUAUCGGUAUUACUUAUAAUCAUUUUAUUUUUACUAGCUUAUCAAAUAUUUGUAAUAUUAAACCAAUUUCCGGAUAUAUUAGAAAAACCAAAACAAUGGUGGAAUGAUACUACUGAUACUAGUUCUCCUUCGCAAAAACCAAUUAUUCACGCUCCUAUACCUCCCUCUUCGGAAUAUAAUAAAUUAGGGGAUGAUGUUAUACUAUAUAAUGUUUCAUCCUUAACAAAAAUUCAAUACGAUUUCCCCUACUCGAGUUUAAAAAAACAAUUUAUUGAAACAAAAGCAGAAAGAAAGUUACGAGAAGAUCGUAAAGAAUCGAUCAAAAAAGGAUUUUUACACGCAUGGAAUGGAUACGUCAAAUACGGUUGGGGAUCGGAUGAAAUUUUACCUAUAACUAAUACUUCAAGGAAUAAUUUUAAUGGAUGGGGAGCCACGAUGGUUGAUGCAUUAGACACCAUGUGGAUAAUGAACCUUAAAGCUGAAUUUACGAAUGCUACAAACUAUUUAGCUAAUGUUAAUUUUACUAAUUCAAGGAUGGAAAUUAGUGUAUUUGAGACCACCAUAAGAUAUUUAGGCGGAUUAUUAAGUGCGUACGAAUUAUCUGGUAAAGAAAUUUUGUUAAUAAAGGCAAUAGAAUUGGGUGAAGCUAUGUUAGUCGCUUUUGAUUCUCCUUCUGGAUUACCUUAUAACGAUUUGAAUAUCACGAGGGGAAGUCAUAAACCAAUUUUUCGUACGGGGGUUUUAUCUCAAGUUGGAACGUUACAAUUAGAAUUUAUGAAGUUGGCUGAAUUAACCGGAAAUAGCACCUUCUUCUACGCCGUGCAAAAGGUAACAGAUGUUCUUGAUAAAGCUAGAAAAGAAAUUCCCGGUCUUUACCCCCUCUAUAUUAAUAUAGAAUCUGGAAAAUUUACUAGUCACCAAAUAAGUUUCGGAGCCAUGGGUGACAGUUUUUAUGAGUACUUGAUCAAGCAAUAUGUGUAUGUUGGAGGUGCAAUUGAUCAGUAUAGGAGAAUGUAUGAAGAAUCGAUUGACGGCAUGCAUAAAUAUUUGGUAAAGGAAGGUCAGGUCAAAGAUCGUCCUGAUUUAUUAUUCCUUGGGGAAUACACUUCUGGUAGAAUUGGUUCAUUUAUUUCUAGAAUGGAACAUUUGUCCUGUUUUACGCCAGGAAUGUUGGCUAUUGGAUCAAAAAUUUUACAUCGACCAAAAGAUUUAGAAGUAGCAAUAAGAUUAGCGGAAUCAUGUUAUUGGGCUUAUAAUUCAACAACGACGGGAAUUGGACCGGAAUCUAUGUAUUUUUUGACCAAAGAUGCGAAAGCAGUUUCAGUCUGGCAUCAUGGUGAUAAUUUACCUGAUGGACUUUAUAGAAUAGACGGAAGUUAUUUACUUAGACCUGAAACUAUUGAAAGCUUAUUUAUUUUGUAUCGAAUUACUGGAAAUAAGAAAUAUCAAGAAAAGGGGUGGAAGAUAUGGCAGUCAAUUGAAAAAUGGUGUAAAACGCCAAUAGCUUAUUCCGGGUUACGUGAUGUAAUGGAUGAAAAGCGCCUGCAAAAUAAUAAUAUGGAAAGUUUCUUUUUGGCAGAAACUUUAAAAUAUUUGUAUCUAUUGUUUAGUACACCUGAUGUAAUUUCAUUAGAUAAUUAUGUGUUUAAUACUGAAGCUCAUCCUUUCUUAAGGAUGACUCCAAAAUAA